AUGAAUAGAUUCCCUCUUGCCAUUUUUCUCGGCGCCUGGAACUGCAUUGGCAUUCUCCUGGGUGAUGUAUCAUGUCUCAUCAGUGGUAUGUGGCAAAUGGUGGCUGGUUUUGUGGUAAUAAUUGUUGAGGCCCCCUGCUGCUGCAUGUUCCUCGAUUUCGUUCAAUCUGUGAGCGAUAAUGUUGAGAGGCGGCCGUACUGGAAUCGAGCGGCCGGUUAUUGCAUAAUAGCGCUUCCAGCGAUAUUCGUCUGUCCAGGGGUGUCCAGUAUAUUAGGAAGUGGUCUGAUAUUCGGCGCGGGAGUAAUCUACGGUCUCAUGUCCAUCGGGAAGAAAGGACAAGGGCCAGAUCCAGCUGGAAUGGGCUCACCAUCAGGUGUUGUGUCACCACCACCUGGUACUGGACCAACUGAUCAUCACACGACAUUGAUGGAGGAUCCAGAUAUACCCUGUUGUCCUAGUGCAUGGAGUAAUCAUCAUCUCUCAAUGGGGUUAUGGGUUAUCCUGGGCGCUGGAGAACGUGGGCUUGCAUGGGCUUGCUUAAUUACUUUUAAGAAUUAG